UUCCCCAAUUAUCCAAAGAUGAAUAUUCCAAUGUACAAACUUCUCGGAGUUGUAACAACGCUGCUUGUAUGUGUUUUUGGAAUUGGAACGACUGUGAAGCUGUUUGUUUGCCUGGCAGCUUUAAUUUUAGGAACAAUCACAUGCGUGUUUAGAACCUAUGGCCCGAAUGUUGAUGAAGUUAUUAACACUGAAAGGGAAGACUUAAAUAAGAAGACUGAAAAAUUUCGGCAGUAUAUCCUAGAUUUAUCAAAGCAGAAGAUGAAUAUCGCAUUAGACAGAAGAAUCACCGGUAGCCGUAUCAUUGAUGAUUCCUUGCAAGAAAUCUUAGAUUUUGUUAUCAGAGAUUAUGUGGAACCUUGGUACAGCGUGAUUACAGAUGACAAAGAGUUCGUAUACUCUGUCCGGAACACUGCUCAAAAGAUAGCUAUCAAUAUUGCCAAUCUAGUGAAAGGUGUGGACUGGAUACCAUACUUAACGACUCGUCUUAUCGACGAUACAGCCUCCCACGUGAGGUUGUAUCGGCAGGCGACGGCGAGGAUGAAGCAGCUCCGCACGAGGAAAUUGCAAAAAGGUAGCGCCAGCUCGUCGAGCACGUCUAGCGGCACCCCGAAGAGAACACCGACCCACAGACGAAACAAAAGCGAGACCGACGUAUCCUGGUAUUCUCAAUCGAAGUUCUACAUACCGAAUUUGUCGUCCCUGACCGAACCGAUUGAGAUCGGUGAGGAGAAGACGGAGGACGAGUCGUUGGAGAAGAUAUUCUUCGAUCUCGAGGUACAAAUGGAGAAGAAUCUGAUCAGCCGGGAUCUGGUGUGCACCGACAACGACCGGGAACUCGAGUUUCUCGUCGAGAUAUCAGAGAUUCUGUUGUAUCUGGUACUACCGAAAGAGGACGAUCUCGAUUGUCUGACUGUCAGAAUUAUAUUAAGGGAGCUGCUAGCGAAUGUAGUGAUUAAACCCCUAUUGGAUUUAUUCUCUGACCCUGAUUAUAUUAAUCAGGCGUGUAUAUGGCUGUGUAUUAAGGAGGCUGGCUUGCCAAGGGACGUGUUCUUGACGGUGAUCAGAAUCACGGACAGCUUGGACGAGCUGACAGCGACGAAAAGUGUAGUCUGUAAGGAAAUAGCUCAUUUACGUUCGAAGGAGACCGCAGCCGAGGAUGAUCUGUCCGUAAAACAGCAGCUGAAUAGUUUACUAUACGUGAAGAAAAUAUUAGAUACACGGAUCAUCGCGAUGCAGAAGGGUCUCGAGUCCGAGACGGACGGGAUCGAUGCUCAACCGGAGUGGAACAGGCUCCUGAUACCUGGACAGAAGUUAGUGAACCUGCCGUUGGAUGAACUGCUGAGAAAUAACAUAGCCCUCAGUUAUUUUAUCGACUACAUGACCUCUAUAAACGCGGAAUCGUAUCUGUACUUUUAUCUGAACAUAUUCGGCUGGCGGGUGUCGGCUGAACAGCAGAUCUGCGAGAUAGAGCUGCAAAAAUUGCACGCAGCCCAACCAGGGUCCAGUGUCACUGGAACGAAACGUGAGGUCGUCACCGAUCUGGAGAACCUGAAGGAGGCAGCCACGAAGAUAUACCAGCAAUACCUUAGCGACAAGACCUCGCCGAGGUUGCAGCUGGACGACGGUCUGGCCAAGGUACUGUUAACCCGAAUAAAAACCGAGCCCGUGAACGAGACAUGGUUCGACGAUCUCAGAGCUUGUUGCUACGAGAAGUUACGAAGCGAGGAUCGGUUCUUGCCCGGUUUCAAGCGAUCGAUCGCCUACGUGAAGCUUCUCGCGGAGCUGGAUCUGCUGAAGGAUCCGGCCGCGGAGGAGGACUCGAAAUCUCUGGACAGUAUCAAUCUCUCCGCGACGAACAACGAUCUUGGGACUCUGGUCGAGGUAUCGGAGAUCUAUACAGCUGAGGAAACGAAGGCAGAACUGAGGGACAGCAAAUCGAAGUCCAGCUCGACGACCAGUCUAGCCAGCAUAACGGAUGAAGCCAGAUCGAUCGACGAUUCAGAUGACGCAGAGGUGAACGUCAAGACCCUGAAAAACAUGAGGAAAGCAGCUAGCGUGGACAUUGAUCACGCCACAGACAGCAAAGACAUUCCGUUUCUCGACGAGUCGAGGGCAGAGCAGUUUGUCAAGCUGGACGAGAACACGUACGAUCAGAACGCGAUCAAAAAACUGCAGGAAGGUCGGUUCACGAUCACAGCUAGAAUUAUAGAGACUGGUAUUGUCAGCGACCGUGGAAAAACUUAUGGUAUCUACGCGGUGGCCGUAACCAAGAGCUACGAUUCCGGGUACCAGGAGAAAUGGCACAUAUACAGGCGAUACUCGGACUUCUACGACAUGUACCAGAAGAUAAACAACAAGUAUUACGACCUGGCCCCGAUACCGUUCCCAGGUAAAAAAGCGUUCCAUAAUAUGGAGAGGACGAUACUGGAGAAACGGAUGUUUCUGCUGAACAAUUGGCUGCAUCAUCUGACGAAGCCGGCGGUCGUGGACGGUCAUAUGGGCCUGCAGAAUCUGCUGUUGAACUUUCUGGAGCAGGGGGAUUACGACAAAGGCGUCACCAGUGGACAGAUAUCGAGAACGAUAGAUAAUCUGAUGAAUCCCCUGAAGACAUCCAUGAAAAGUGUCACCCAAGCGGUCAAGAAAACCAAGGCCACCACAAACACUGUGGACGGUGUGAUGGACAACAUCAGGAAAUUCUUUGGAAAUCCCAAGAAGCAACCUAAUGUUCUGUUCGAGAACACUAAAGUUGGUGCUGGUAUAGAUGUAGAGACCGAUGAUAACAUUCCUCUGCGUAUAAUAUUACUACUGAUGGACGAGAUCUUCGACUUGAAGAUGAGGAACCAAUGGCUCAGGCGACGGAUCAUCACUCUCCUAAGGCAGAUUAUUCGUACUAUGUUUGGGGAUAUAGUGAAUCGUAGAAUAGUGGAAUAUGUUUCCCUGUUGACUAGUCCAGCUAAGGUCGCUGGGUAUUUGAAGAUGUUCAAAAACAGUUUCUGGCCGAAUGGCGUCAAGGCAGAGAAGAAACCGCCCCGUGACGCGGAGACAAAGAACAAAACCAGGGUGGCUGCCAAGGUUGCUCUGCUGUCUUGCUUCUCCGACGAACUGAAACAUAUCAUAGGCAGCGAGACAACCAGACAGGGUCUUUUGAGGGUGUUCGAGUUGUUCCAGCGGCCGGUGCUGAACAGAAGACUGUUGUACGUGCUGUUCGAGGGGAUCGCUGAGACGAUGUUCCCGGAGGGUAAUCUAGUGGAAAUAUUCCAGAAGAUGUACUCGGUCUCGCCGAGGGUGCAAAACAGAAGGGUGGUGGACACGAAGGAUUCUUGUUGCCCAGGGGACGUGGACAAGUAAUCUCUGCUCGAUGAUGAUCUCGCGGUUCGAGAACAGUCUUUCUAUUAAACGGUAACAGGAACUUGUGUAAACAAUUACGGUUGUUGUCGGGACACGCGCGUAAUUCAUUUACGUCCAGAAGUUUUGCAAAAUAUGAGGGAGAGGUAUUCAAGUUUUAUCAAUGCUCAAAGUACCGUAGAAAAGACUUUGGAACCAGCGUUGUAUAAGCUAUAGUACAUGUAUUAUAUUUCGAGGCAGCGGCGCAAAAGAACGUAUUUCAUGUGGGAACAAAAUGAAAGUUUAUAGGCUUUCGUGAUAUCUCGACGAUUUCUAUACGGUAAUAAUAUUCGACGAUAAGUAAGCGCAGUGUGUAAUUCAGUGGCCAAACGAUUCACCUCGAUAUUACGUAGAGGAUAAUCUCUUGAUUAUCUCGUAGGGGCGGGGGGAGGGGGGGGGCACGUAUUAACGACUAAGCAUUCCAUUUGCAUUUCAUCAUGUACUUCAUCCCGGGACUAUACUUCAGGUGUGAUAGUCUAUUUUCUACACGUGCUAGGCGACCAACUACAGACGCGAAGACACUUAAAAGGUAGCACGAAACAAUCUUAUACGUAACUCGUCCGGAACACGUUCAGUGCCAUUCCGCGCGUAGCGUCUAUUUAUUUAUUCGUGUAAAAAAAAAAAAGGAACAAUUCGAAUCUCUCCACGGUGUGUGUAUAGGCUCGUGAACUUUUAAUGUAUCCCUGUCCCCGCGGACAGUGUAAAAUUCCUUGUAAAUGUCGUACGAUUGUACAUACAAGUUAUUUCUAUCGUGUGUUGAAACGCCAUAUCUGUCACCGUUUACUUAUUAAAGGGAUUGUUUAUAAA